AUGGCUCGCUUCAGUCAAGAGAACCUCCGCAAUGACCUCCUCGCCGCUCUCCUCGAACUCGUCGGCACUACGCUGUUUCUGCUUCUGGGACUGGGCGGGAUUCAAGCUUCGACGCGUGAAACACUCGCAAGCCCGCACGGCGUGUCGGAUGUGCAGCAAGUGAUUAUCACUGGAAGUCUCUUUAAUCCGUGUAUCACCGCAUCUCUAGUCAUGCUUGGCAUCCUACCUCUGUUCCGCGGCUUCUUGUACUGCAUCGCCCAGUUCGUUGGCUCCAUCGCCGCGGCAGCCAUCCUGCGAGGACUCACGGGCCCGCUCACCGUCAACACCGUGCUCAACCCCGAAACGAGUCGCACCCAAGGCCUGAUCAUCGAAAUGUUCAUCACCUGCGCCCUGGUGAUCGCGGUCCUGAUGCUCGCUGCUGAGAAGCACCAGGCCACCGCGUUUGCCCCUGUCGGGAUUGGGCUGACCUUGUAUUCAUGCCACUUGUUCGCUGUUAAUUACACGGGGGCCUCUAUGAACACCGCUCGCUCCUUCGGGCCUGCUGUUAUCUCCGGGUUCUCCUCGUCGGACCACUGGAUAUAUUGGGUCGGACCGUUCAUGGGCUCGGUGCUUGGGAGCGCUUUCUACGCAGCGUGCAAGCACUACAAGUACUGGACGCUCAAUCCGCACCAGGACACGGACGACUACACGAAAUCGCCUGACAACCCAGUGAUCAUCGCGAAGGCGAUCAUCGAGGAGCGGAACCUCACUCUGAAUCCGCGCGUGAUCGUGAAUCAGAUAUCUGACCGUAUUCCCAAGUUGAGCAUUCCCUCGGGCAGUGGCUCCUCAAGAGGCAGAAGCAACUCGACUCUGGUCGAAGAAGGCGGCGUCCCGAAGACGUGAGCGUGCGUGGACUGAUGGAUGGGCUUGGAAGGAUUCGGCGGACUCGGUCAUUCUAUCUAUGUAGGUAGCUCAUGUGACAAGCAGUCAGUGGUAGCCUGACCGGAUUGUACUUGCUUGGCCUUGAUCGCUCUCUAAUCACACGCUCUCUCUGAUGAA